CGUGAGCUCUUAGUAUCUGAAAACCGAAAGCGAAGAAGCGAAGGAGAGAGAGUUGAAUGUGAGUGAAUGGGGAAUCAGAAGCAGAAGUGGACUCAGGACGAAGAAGACGCGCUUAUCGCGGGAGUUGAAAAGCACGGGCCUGGAAAGUGGAAGAACAUUCUCAAAGAUCCUCAAUUCGCCCCCUUCCUCACUUCUCGUUCCAACAUCGACCUCAAGGAUAAAUGGCGAAAUUUGAGCGUCAGCAAUGGUUCUCAAGGCUCUAAGGACAAAACUAGGGUUCCCAAACUCAAAGCUUCACCUGCUACUCCUGCCACCGCCACUCUUCAGAACGUUGCUCCUGCUCCUCAAAACGCACCGUCUGACGUUGCUGUCGCUGACCCUUCUCAAACUGAGCAAGAUGUCAAAAACCCUCCAAGGUAUAAUGCUAUGGUUUUUGAAGCUCUAACAACACUGAAAGAUAGUAAUGGAUCCGACCUAAAUGCCAUUGUUAGUUUCAUCGAGCAAAAGCAUCAGGUUCCUCAAAAUUUCAGAAGGGCAUUAAGUACAAGGUUGAGGAGGCUUGUUAGUCAAGGGAAACUUGAAAAGGUACAAAAUUGUUACAAGAUAAAAAAGGAGACCUCCGAGGGGACAAAAUCACCUGUACCAAAACAAAAGGAUGUCCGGCCACCACAGCGGCAAUCACCAGCCUCUGGCUUUAUCUCAUCUAAUGAGACAAUAAGGGAAGCUGCUGAUGCUGCAGCUUAUAGAGUUGCUGAUGCUGAAAGCAAAUCGUAUCUGGCUGCUGAAGCUAUAAAGGAGGCAGAAAGAAUAGCAUGGUUGGCUGAAGAUAAUGAUUCUAUGUUACAGCUAGCGAAGGAGAUUUAUGAACAAUGUUCGCGCGGUGAAAUUUUCCUCUUGGCUUAAGUUGGUCAACGAACGGUCGAUUAAUAGAUUCGUCCGGAUGUUGGGUUCUAAAUGUAAAAAAAUUGUUGAUCGAAUGAAAUGGUAUUUUAACAUUUUUUUGGGGGGUACUUUAUCAAAUUCCUUUAGCAUUUUUAUUUCUUAAAGUUGCAUGAGAAGUCAUGUUCAGGUCUUAUCUCUAUUCAGUAGAGUCAGUCAGUCCACCAAAUUUGUCUAGAUUUUGGAUCCAAAGUGGAAACAAUAACUCAUUUGUCAUGUCAGUGAUGUAAUAUAAAUCAUAAUAGUCAUUUGCGCGUGUCUUGACCUAAUAACUUCAAUUUUUGAAAGAGUUAGUUUUU